UUUAAUGAAUUAAAUUAUUAACUUUAAUAAUAUGUAUAUAUUUAUUUUUAAAAUAUUUAUUUUUAUAUAUUUGUGACUAUUAACGAACCAUUAAAUGUACCAUUGACUUUGAGAUGAAGUAUAACACACAUAUAUAUUUUAUACGUAACUUUCACGUACUGUAUUUUAGCUACCGAAUCUAGUACCGAGUUAUUGGGUCGAAAUAAAAGUAACUUUCUUCGUCCCAAAGCAACAUGACCGCCAAAAAGCUUCUCGAAGUCAUUGCCAGGAAAUGACCACGUAACCAGCAACUAAUUCACCAUUGUUAACUAAUAGAGAUCGUUAUGUCGUCCUAGCAUUUGUCGCACUACAAGAAUUUUGGUUAGUUACGACAAAAUAAUUUUUUGUCAUAAUAGUUUUGUCAUAAUAAGAUAUUUAAUAUGACAAUCCUAUUAUUUGUCAAAAUAGUAUAACCUAUUAUGACAAAAGCAGAGUUGACAGAAUAUUCUGUCAAAAUAAAGUUUUAUUAUGACAAAAUACGUGUUGUCAUUACUAUGUUGUCAAAAUAUGGUGCUCCCGGGUUAGAAUGACUAUCUUGUUAUGACAACGGUAUUGUCAUAAUAAACGUAGUCAGAAUAGCAUACGGUUGUGACGAGUAGUUUGUCAAAAUAUCUUAUGACGAAAUGCUGAACAGUCAAAAUAGGUGUUAUUUACCUAUCGACAACUAAUUAAGUGAAAUUAUCGAUGAAUGGCGGGAUAUUAUGGACCGAAGGAAGAAUAAAUAUCUCAAAUUCUCAGACUGAAAAGAAAACCAAUUGGUGAUGGAGGGAAUUCUGGGCGCUUCUUUUUUUCAUUCUCCGCCCAAAAAUCAGAAGUUUAGCUCCUCGAUCUCUUCCCCCCUUUCUUUCCUUUCAUUUUAGGAGAUUAGCCCAACCACCUAUCUGAAUCCCUAGAUUGAUCAUCUCCAUACCACGCUCUGUUCCCGCGCGCAGACCUCAUCCACCGCCAUCCCCAAGCGCAGACCUCAUCCACAGCCGUCCCCGAGCGCAGACCUCAUCCACCACCGUCCCCACAUCCAAUUUCUUCAGUGCAUCCACUUCUUUCCCCGCAUGUAAGAAUCCUCGCAACCUCCCGUUUGAUUAUUCGUUUGUUUUUCAGUUUCUAGGUUUUCUUGCUUCGGUUGCAUGCUCUAUUCCGUCCCUAGAGGGAAGGAAACAUAUUGUGCGCUUGACUUCCAAUCCCUAACCCUUGUCUGAUUGCAUGCUGAUAGACCAUUAAUUACACAUGUUUUCACCCCUGUUCUUACACCGUUUGAGAUGUGGUUUCUCGUGUUUUAGACCGAUUUCACGCUAGGUUGUGCUUGUUUGUGAUAUUUCAGGUCCUGGCAAGUGAAUGAAGGUUUAGGAGCGAGUUCGGGGUCGAUUGGGCCAAGAUUGGGCGCGAGGCAAGUCACAAAGGAAGCUGCACGGGCACACCCACAUCCCACACGGCCGUGCAAGUGACCAGUUUGGCCGUGUGGGAUUGUGCGAGAGCAAACACGGGCAGAGCAGAAAAUCCACACGGCCGUGCAAGGUGAGCUGCACGGCCGUGCGACCCUGGCCGUGUAAGAAGCCUGGAAUUCAACUAAUUGAUACGCUGCGUUUUGACUUGCACGGGCAACUGGGUGAGCCACACGGCCGUGCGGCCUGCCCGUGUGAGUCGGGAAUUGCUGGUUAAAACCCGAUUUUCAGCCAAAGAAAAGGGGAGAGCUGGGUUUUGGAUCCCAAACACCCAAGGGACGAACCAAAGAGAGAAAGGGCGAUCUCAGGCCAUUCUAAGAGUGGAAUUGGAGGAUUUCUUCGCCUUGGAAGCUCGAGGAACAAGCCCGGACUUGAAGACUGAUCAUCUGAAGAUUCUUACUGCAGUCUCUUUCUUCUCUAUGGAGUAACUUCCCUUCGCUUAGGUUUUGAGGAACCCUAGCUAUGUUUGUUUGAUUGGAUGAUUGUAUGAGUACUCUGACUUGAUUAUCUUGAGUUCAUAUUCAAUCUAUGCAUGUUUUCAUGAUUCAAUUCUGCUUUAUUCGAGAUUAUUGAUUCUGCUUUGAUCCUGUGAGAGGGAAUACCUGAUUAGGUCAAUAGAGCACCAUAGAUUGAUAGUAGUGGAUCGAUUGCUUUAGUCGAGGGUUGAUUCACUGCUUUGUAUCGAUUGAGAACCUCAUUUGAUAGAGGGAAUCUAGUUCGGAACGCCUUGAUCAGUUGUUCUAGAGAAGGAUACGUCCCUCUAGGCAAUUGACUCAAGAGGGCCUUGUUCCUUUAGUCGAGACUCAAGGUCUAGUCAAGGAUUCUCCGCAUUGUGAAUGAAAGUGAAACAAGUUAGAAAUCAUCAAUCGUUAGUCUGGCUAGUGGCUAGGGGGAAUCAUACCUAAGUGAGUUCCCAACCUGUAAUUAGAUUAACUUUAACUGUAGUUUGCUAGAGUAGUUUUAGUUCUUUCAUCUUAAUCUGGUUUGCUAAAUAAUAAACUGAAGCUGAGUAAUAGUAACUCUAGAGACCCGUGGAUUCGAUAUUUAUCACUUGAGCCACUAUACUGCAGUCCCUUCCAGUGGUUACACUUAGCCAUUGUUAGGUGUUGUGUCAUAGCGAGUCACAUGCCCAGCGGAAACAUCACCAACAAUUUUCGAGAUCCUCAAUCAUCCAGAUUCAUAUAUUUGGAGCAGGUCCUUAGAUAAACGAAAGAGGAUAUUCGAACACAAGGUUAGCACCCCUCUCAUUCUCUUCCCCUGAAUGCAUGAAUCUGUGAAAUUAUGAGUGCUUACUCGUUCCUAAUUGACAUUCAAAUUCUGCGAGUUCUUUUUUGUUUGCUUGUCAAUGUGUGAGGUAGUAAUUAGGUCUUGUGAGGUUGCAACCUUCUUUAGUUGUUUGUUAACAUCGCCAUGACUGAAAGCAUUAGUUGGACAUCAUUACUGUGCUAAUCUGGGUUUUGUUUAUGGUGAGGGGAGUGUACAGCAGCCUAUUUGGCCCUAACUCACCAUGUUUGCAUUUGUUUUCCCCCCAGGUUCUACUACUUUUAAUCCUCCUUCUCCUGCACCAGCUGGGCAUUUCUGUUGGAGUUGUGAACUGUUGUAGUUCCAUUGCCAGUGGGAAUUUGCAGCAAAGGCACUUUGAUUUGUUCAGGUUAGUUCACUUUAAGUGCACUAGGAGAAUGGAUAGGUCGUGGUUGAAACUGAAGGACCGAUUCUGUCCUCAGUAUGUAUGUGGUGUUGAUGCCUUUAUACAAUGUGCCAUGCAAUGUCUUGAUGGUCAAGGUAGAGUUAGGUGCCCAUGCCGAUGGUGCAACAAUUGCUCCUUCAAGACCAUUGAGUUAGUGAAAGUUGAUAUCUACAAUCAUGGAAUGGUUCCGGAUUACGUACGGUGGGUUCAUCAUGGGGAACCUGCUGUUGAGAUUGGUAGUAGUGGUCCAGCGAGCUCUCCUCCUCAUCUUGAGGAGGAGGAUAAUUUUUUUGUUGAUACAAACAUUCCUACCAUGUUAGAUGACUAAGGUAGAGCUAAUGUCGCACAAAGACCUGAUUCUAGAAACUCUAACUGGGUUGUUGGGGAUAUUGAUCCCACAUUAGCAAGACUGAUUAAGGAUGCUAAAGAUCCACUUUUUCCUGGUUGUGAAACCUUCUCCAAACUGUCAUUCAUUGUGAAGUUGAUGAACAACAAAAUAGUUACAAAUAGUUCAGACAAGUCAUUCAACUUGAAUUUGGAAACGAUUAAAAAGGCUUUACCUAAAGGUGAGUCUUUGCCAAGUUCUUACUAUGAUGUGAAGAAAUAUAUUAAAGACCU